AUGGGGCAGUUUCCAAGUCCCAAGCUGAUCACUCCAGUUAUUACCAAGGCUUUGACUAAAGGGCUCUGUGUCUUGGUCCUUUUGAAAACUGCUGUGUUCCAGAACACCAAAGAUUCUCAAUGUCGUCGUCGUGGGUGUCCCCAAAAUGCCAUUUGUAUCAACAAGACCCACUGUGCCUGUGAGGAUGGAUUUGUUACUACGAGUGGGGAGAAAUACUUCAGUGACUUUCUGGAGAUCUGUGACGAUGUUAAUGAAUGUGUACCACCCAUUAAAAUCUUUUGUGGUAUGAAUGCAGACUGUGUUAAUACAUAUGGAAGCUACCACUGCACCUGCAUCCCUGGAUAUGCACUUCCUUCUGGGGAGAAAAACUUCCCAAAUGCUUCUAUGAACAACUGUCAAGAUAUUAAUGAAUGUACAUUGUCCAAUGACACUUGUGGUCAGAAUGCAGAGUGUGUUAAUGAAAACAGAGGUUACUACUGCACCUGCACAGAGGGAUAUGCAUUUCCUUCUGGGAAGAAGAAGUUCUCAGAUGUCACUAGGAACAACUGUCAAGAUGUGGAUGAAUGUCAGUGCAAUAGCUCUCUCUGUGCCCCCCAUGGGGUCUGCCUAAAUACUCCUGGAAGCUAUAUGUGCACAUGUAAGCCAGGAUUUGCCAAACGCAAUGGGGACUCCUUAAUGGAAUGCAUAGAUAUCUCUAAAUUGUCCCAGAACCCUGAAGGCAGUGAUGAGCUGAAGAAUCUUUCAUAUAAGCUUCAAUCAUUUAUUGCCAUCAAUACUAAUUGGACUGCUGAGAAUAAGAGAAGGAUUGCAAUUGAAGUGACAGAACUAUUACAGAACCUAGAACAGACUGCAUGGCAAGAUGCUCUCAGGUCUCCUGUUAAGAAGUGGAUGUUAUUAAACAACUCUCGUGUGGGUAUAGAAACGCGCGUAAUCAGCAACUGCUCUCAGGAAGAGAAGGAUGUUAUACUGCAAGCUCAGAAUAAUGCAGUGAAAUUUUCCUGCAUGGAUAUCAUUGGCUCAAAUCCACAAGGGUCAAGUGCAGUUGCCUUUCUCUCGUAUUCCUCCCUUCAGACUAUUAUAAAUGCAUCCUUUUUUAUUGAGAGACCUGAGAAGAGUAAUGGAAUCUACAUGCUCUCCCAAGUAGUCAGCAUUGCUGUAGGAUCUCAUCAAAAUCAACCCUCCUCUCUUUCUGUUCUUCUGACAUUCCAGCAUAUACAGAAAAAGAAAGAAGAAGAAAGGUCUCUCUGUGUCUAUUGGGAAGCACAGGGAGAAGAAGGAGGCGCCUGGUCCACAAAGAACUGUAAUCUCAUCGAGUCUAACAAAACACACACCAGAUGCAACUGCACCCACUUGUCUAGUUUUGCUGUUCUGAUGGAUCUUCAACAACAGGAUGAAGAUUAUGUGCUGACAGUGAUCACUUAUGUGGGACUGAGCCUCUCCCUGCUGUGUCUCUUUCUGGCCAUCCUCACGUUCCUCCUGUGCCACACCAUUCAGAACACCAGCACCUCCCUCCACCUACAACUCUCCCUGUGCCUCUUCCUGGCCAAUCUCCUCUUCCUCAUAGGAAUUAAACAAACCAAGAUUAAGGUCCUAUGUUCCAUCAUUGCAGGUUUAUUGCACUAUUUCUAUCUGGCAUCUUUCACCUGGUUGCUGCUGGAAGGCCUUCAUCUCUUUCUAACUGCACGGAAUCUGAUGGUUGCCAAUUACUCCAGAGUAAAUCAUUCCCUGAGGAAGGUCAUGUACCCUCUGGGCUAUGGAAUUCCAGCUGUGAUUGUGGCUAUUUCUGCAGCAUCAAGAGCAAACCUUUAUGGAACAUCUUCCCAGUGCUGGCUCCAAACUCAAGAGGGAUUUCUCUGGGCUUUCCUUGGCCCAGUCUGCAUUAUAUUCUCUAUAAACUUUGUUUUUAUUCUUCUUAUUAUUUGGAUUUUGCAAAGCAAACUGUCCUCCCUCAACAAUGAGGUGUCCACUCUCCAGGACAGAAGGUUGCUGAGAUUUAAAGCCCUGACUCAGCUGUGCAUCCUGGGCUGCACCUGGUGUCUGGGCAUUCUACAGAUUGGCCCAGCUGCUCGGAUCAUGCGCUAUCUCUUCACUAUCAUCAAUAGCCUUCAGGGAGUCUUCAUCUUCCUUGUAUACUGUCUCCUGAAUCAUCAGGUUCAGGAACAAUAUAAAAAAUGGUUCAAGACACUCAGGCCAACAAAAUCUGAGUCAUUCAUGCUCUCAAGCAAAGUUGUCUCUGGUUCCACCCAGAACCACACAGAGAACCAGGAAGAAAACAUCAAAAAAUAA